AUGGUGGUUCUCAGGAAGGGUGAUCAUGUGUGGCUGGAAUCCUUGUCCAACAGUGAAUUAAAUGUCCCUAUUGGGGCAGUUGUGAAGAUCUCUGACUCAGGACAGAUCUUGGUGGAGGAUGAUGAAGGCAAGGAACAUUGGAUCACUGCCCGGAACAUCAGUGCUGUGCAUCCCAUGCAUCCCACCUCUGCGCAAGGGGUAGAAGACAUGAUACUCCUUGGGGACCUGAAUGAAGCAGGCAUAGUGCACAACCUCCUCAUCCGCCAUCAGGAGCACAAAAUCUAUACCUACACAGGCUCUAUUUUGGUUGCAGUGAAUCCGUACCAGGUGUUGCCACUCUACACAGUGGAACAGAUCCAACUCUACAGUAACAAGCGAAUUGGGGAGCUGCCUCCCCAUGUCUUUGCCAUCGCAGACAACUGUUAUUUCAAUAUGAAGAGGAAUAAGAGAGACCAGUGCUGUGUUAUCAGUGGAGAAUCUGGAGCUGGGAAGACUGAAAGCACUAAACUGAUACUGCAGUUUUUAGCUGCUAUCAGUGGCCAGCAUUCCUGGAUUGAGCAGCAGAUUCUGGAGGCCAACCCCAUUCUGGAAGCCUUUGGAAACGCCAAGACAAUUCGAAACGACAACUCAAGCCGCUUUGGGAAAUAUAUCGACAUCCACUUCAACCGAAGCAGUGUGAUCGAAGGAGCCCGGAUAGAGCAGUUCCUUCUGGAGAAGUCCCGGGUUUGUCGGCAGGCUCUGGAGGAAAGGAACUAUCACAUAUUUUACUGCAUGCUAAUGGGGAUGAAUCUGGAGCAGAAGAAGAUGUUGAACCUGGGCACUGCUUCAGAGUACACCUAUCUCACCAUGGGUGACUGCACUUCUUGUGACGGCCGUAAUGAUGCAAAGGAAUAUGCUCACGUCCGCUCUGCUAUGAAGGUCCUCAUGUUCUCAGAUUCUGAGCACUGGGACAUCAGCAAGCUGCUGGCAGCUAUUCUGCACCUGGGGAACGUCGAGUUUGAAGCUGCUGUGUAUGAUAACUUGGACUGUUCUGAUGUGUUGGAUUCUUCACACUUUUCUGUAGCAACCAAACUGCUUGAGGUGGACUCCGGAGAACUGAAAAACAGCCUUACAAACCACUCAAUCAUCAUCCGAGGAGAGAGCGUGUCCAUGCCCCUGAGCGUUGCCCAGGCUGCUGAUGGGAGAGACGCCUUUGUGAAGGGGAUCUAUGGCCACCUCUUCUUGUGGAUAGUAAAUAAGAUCAAUGCUGCAAUUUUCAGCCCACCUUCUCAGGAUUCUAAAAGUUUGCGCAGGUCCAUUGGGCUUCUGGACAUCUUUGGUUUUGAAAACUUUAACACCAACAGCUUUGAGCAGCUCUGUAUUAACUUUGCCAACGAGCACCUUCAGCAGUUCUUUGUGCGCCAUGUCUUCAAGCUGGAGCAGGAAGAAUACCUUGCGGAGCACAUCUCCUGGAGCCACAUUGACUUCACAGACAACCACCAGGCUUUGGAAGUGAUCGCACUCAAACCCAUGAACAUUGUCUCCCUCAUUGAUGAGGAAAGCAAGUUCCCUAAGGGCACUGACGCCACUCUGCUAAACAAAAUCAAUUCCCAUCAUGGCAAAAGCAAAGUCUACAUCCCACCGAGGAGCGUCCAUGACACCAAAUUUGGUAUCAACCAUUUUGCUGGGAUUGUCUAUUACCAGUCAAAAGGUUUCCUGGAGAAGAAUCGUGACAUGCUCAGCUCCAACAUAAUGCAAUUGGUUUACUCUUCCAAAAACAAAUUCCUGAGGCAGAUCUUCCAGGUGGAAACAACCGUGGCUACAUUAGGCCGUGGGAGCAUAAAACAUCUCAGAGCUGAGCAUACCCUCAAGGGCUCGGAUACCACCAAACGCCUGUCUACAUUAGGUGGUCAAUUCAAACAGUCUCUGGAGCAGCUGAUGAAAAUCCUGGGGAGCUGCCAGCCGUACUUUAUUCGCUGUAUCAAACCCAACGACUAUAAGAAGCCUUUGUUGUUCGAUCGGGAGCUGUGUAUCCGACAGCUGCGCUAUUCGGGAAUGAUGGAAACCAUUCGGAUUAGGAAGGCUGGCUAUCCGAUGCGCUACAGCUUUGCAGAGUUCUUUGAGAGAUACAGAGUAAUGCUGCCAAUGUCCGCUCGAGAACAGCUGCAGGAUGAUGCUCGUCGGUGCUGCAUUUACAUUUCUGAGGUGAUUCUAGGGAAAGAUGAAGACUGGAAAAUUGGAAGAACCAAGAUUUUCCUCAAAGAUUAUCACGAUAUGGUAUUGGAGGUGCAGCGAGACAAGGCGCUCACUGAAAAGGCCAUUCUGAUCCAGAAGGUGCUGAGGGGAUUUAAGGACAGGAAGCAGUUUCUAAAACAGAGGCAGGCUGCUGUGAAGCUGCAGGCAGCAUGGAAGGGUUAUUACAGCAGGAAGAAUUUCCGACUGAUCCUGCUGGGCUUCGAGCGCCUGCAGGCCCUCUUCCGGAGCCGGCAACUUGCUAAGCAGUACAAAACAGCCCGGGCCAGUGUGAUUAAGUUUCAGGCCCUGUGCCGAGGUUACCUGAUGCGUCAGAAGACAGCGGAGCAGAUGAAGGCUGUGGGCAUUAUACAGGCAUAUGCCAGGGGUAUGUUUGCUCGUAGGAGUUUCCAGAGGAUAAAGAGAGAGGUAGUGUUACUGUUCCCUGCAGAGAAGCAAAGAAAACACAAUGCUCUCUCCAACAAACCACCACUUUAUGAUGCUAUCAGCGAUCAGGAAAUGGUGGAUACAGUGUUUGGUUUUCUGCCUACUGUGAUUGGAGGCCAAGAAGGGCAGGCUCCUCUGGGAUUUGAGGACCUGGAAGCAAAGGCAGGCAAGCUGGAUGAGGUGGACCUGGACAUGAUUCCCAUGAGCAUGGAGCUGGAAGAGGAAGUCGAUGACCUGGUGGAAUACACGUUUCCAAAGUUUGCAGCCACUUACUUCCAAGGAUCCUCUACGCACACGUACAUCCGGAGGCCGCUGCGUCACCCACUGCUCUACCAUGAUGAGAAAGACGAUAUCCUGGCUUCCUUGGCCGUGUGGAAUAUCAUCCUGCGAUUCAUGGGUGAACUCCCAGAGCCAGUAAUGUUUGCUGAGAACACCAACAGCAAGAGCAGCUCUGUGAUGACGCAAAUCUAUGACACACUUGGCAAGAAAAGCCAGGUCCAAGCUCCUGAGAAUUCUGCCUUUCUGUUUCAGGUGGUGAGCCAGCUGAACAGCAGGGAGGAGCUAAUCCAGGAGCAGAGCACAAUCUUGGAUAGACCGAUGUCCAACCUUGAAAAAGUGCACUUUGUUAUCGGCAAUGCAAUCCUGCGCCCUGCCAUCAGAGAUGAGAUUUACUGCCAGAUCUGCAAACAGCUCUCUGAAAACAACAACAAGAGCAGUCGAGCUCGAGGCUGGAUCCUCCUCUCGCUUUGCCUGGGCUGUUUCCCUCCCUCAGACAAGUUUGUGAAGUACCUGCUGAAUUUCAUCCGCAGUGGGCCCACGGGCUACGCGCCAUAUUGUGCUGAACGGCUGAAGCGCACCUAUACUAAUGGAGCGCGAGCUGAACCUCCCAGCUGGCUGGAACUACAGGCAACAAAGCAGAAGAAACCCAUUGUAUUUAAUGUCACCUUGAUGAAUGGCCAAAGCAUCACGGUUCCUGCAGAUUCAGCCUCCAUUGCCAAAGAGAUCUGCCAGUUGGUAGCUGAUAAAAUGAAGCUGAAGGAUAUGUUUGGUUUUUCACUCUACAUUGCUGUGUAUGACAAGGUCUGGUCACUGGGUAGCGGCCGGGAUCAUGUCAUGGACGCCAUCUCCCAGUGCGAGCAGCUGGUGAAGGAGCAGGGGGCCCAUGAACGCAACACCCCAUGGCGCCUCUACUUCCGGAAAGAGAUCUUCACUCCCUGGCACAACUCGAAGGAAGAUCCAGUCAGCACGGAGCUCAUUUACCACCAGAUCAUUCGCGGGAUCCGGUUUGGAGAAUACCGCUGUGAGAAGGAGGAGGAUUUGGUGGAAGUAGGAGCAAAAUAUUGCUACAUUCAGUUUGGUGACUCUAUCCAUAAUGAGCUGGUUCAGAAGCUACUCCAGGACUUCAUCCCAGCCAAGCUGCUGAAGUCAAAGCCCCAGGAGAAGUGGGUGAGCCUCAUAACAUAUGCACAUGCCAAGGCCCCAUACACACAGGACCGGCUUUCCCCUCAGAGCGUGAAGGAGCAGCUAGUGGAUUUUGCCCGUUUUCAGUGGCCUUUGCUCUUUUCUAGGUUCUUUGAAGUCACCAGAUUUUCAGGGCCCAGUCUUCCCAAGAACCACUUCAUAGUAGCCAUUAACUGGAAAGGGAUCUGCUUCCUAGAUGAGUCAGAAAAGCGGCUCCUCGAUCUGUCCUUCCCAGAAAUCACUGGAAUACACACCAACAGGUUAUCUUUUGGGCAGAGCUGCACUCUCAUCACACUGCGGGCAGAGGAGUUUGUCCUGACAUCUGUCCACAGCGUUGUCAUCGCAGAGCUAGUGGUCCUGUUUCUGGAAGGACUGAAGAAGAGGUCCCAGUAUGCUGUGGCCAUGCAAGAGAGCAAGCAGCAAGGGGACCCUGCCAUUCUUCCCUUCAAGAAGGGGGACUUGCUGAUUCUGACCCAGGACAAAGUGCUGGAAGCAAAUCGUGGUGACUGGGCCUAUGCUCAGAACGAAAGGACUGCCAAGACGGGGAUUGUGUCUUUAGAAGCAAUCUAUAUUAUCCCUUCCAUUGCAAAACCAUCUAGCCAAGUGCUGAGCUUGCUGAUGAUGUCACCCGAUCAGAGGAGGUUGGCAUCACUGAAUUCCCGCACGGAGGAGGCAGAAGAAGAGGAAGUGAAAAUGAAGCCCUACACACUUGAGGAGUUUUCCUAUGAGCACUUCAGGGUUCCUGAAAAGGAGUCCAUCAGCAAGGCUCUCCUCCACAAAUCCCGCGGGCGCAGCCAACUGUGGGCACUCUCCAAGGAACCCCUGAAACAGCCCUUACUGAAGAAGGUGUGUGCAGAUCCAGAACUUCGGGACCUUGCGUGCCAGGCUUUCAUUGCCAUCAUGAAGUUCAUGGGAGACUACCCCUCGAAACAGGCACGGUCCUCCGUGGAGCUCACUGACCAGAUAUUCGUGGCAGCCAUCCAGGAGGAGGUGCUGCAGGAUGAGAUCUAUUGUCAGAUCAUGAAACAGCUGACCGAGAACAGCAACAGGUACAGUGUGAACAGUGGCUGGCAGUUACUCUGGCUCUGCACUGGCCUGUUCCCUCCCAGCAAAUCACUGCUGAAACAUGCCCAGAAGUUCAUCGAGACUCGUCAGAAAGAGACCCUGGCUUUGGACUGCAGCCGGAGAAUUCAGAGGAUAAUGAGGAGCGGCUCUCGGAAGUGGGCUCCCCAUAACGUGGAGGUGGAGGCCAUCCAGCAGAACAUCACCAAGAUCUCACACAAGGUUUGCUUCCCUAACAAUACAGAGCAGGUGUUUGAGGUGGGAACAAACACCAGAAUUCGGAACCUGUGUCAGACCAUUGCCUCCAAACUGCAGCUGAGCUCCUGGGAAGGAUUCAGCCUCUUUGUCAAGAUCGCAGACAAGGUGAUCAGUCAGAAUGAGGCCGACUACUUCUUUGACUCCUUACGGCAGGUUACUGACUGGACUUGGAAGAACAAACCAGGGAAAGAUGGGGUUGCUGUGGCUGUGACUUACCAGGUGUACUUCAUGAGGAAGCUAUGGCUGACUGUAAUGCCCGGGAAAGACCUGAAGGCUGACUCCAUCUUUCAUUACCACCAGGAGCUGCCCAAGUAUCUACGAGGAUAUCACAAGUGCUCCAAAGAGGAAGCUGUCCAGAUAGCAGGGCUGAUUUAUAAGGUCCGUUUUGACAAGGACCGAUCGCAGCAGGCAGCCAUCCCCAAGAUGCUGAAGGAGUUGGUGCCAGACAAUCUGAUCCGAGCGAUGGCUCCAGAGGAAUGGAAGAAGAAUAUCAUCAGCGCCUACAACAAACACGAGGGCAAAACAGUGGACGAGGCCAAGAUUGCAUUCUUGAAGCUGAUCCACCGGUGGCCCACGUUUGGGUCAGCCUUCUUCGAAGUGAAGCAAACCUCCGAGCCAAGUUUCCCAGACAUCAUACUGAUUGCAGUCAACAAGCAAGGAGUCUCGCUAAUACACCCCAAGACCAAGGACAUCUUAACAGUUUACCCAUUUAAUAAAAUCUCAAACUGGAGCAGUGGCAGCACAUACUUCCACAUGACAAUUGGGAACCUGGUGCGGGGAAGCCGGAUUCUGUGCGAGACAUCUCUGGGUUACAAAAUGGAUGACCUGUUGACAUCCUACGUACAGCUGCUAAUGAACGCAGUGAACAAGCAGAGGAAUCCCCGCCUCCCUGCCUGAGGGUAGAAGCCUGUGAUUCAUACCUGUGCCAAACAGCCUCCAUUUCAUAUCCCAGACCAAAACCCCUUUUAACACUG